ACACCACAUGGGGGCACUGACUACCUUUUGCGGCUCUGAGCCUUUAAGUAGUAGUGGAAGCCAUUUUGGAUGAGAGGCGGGAUAGUCAUUUGGAAAGCAGAGCCCUGGAGAGAGACUGAGCUCGCAUGCUCUGCGUGGGGCUGGCAUUGGAGCUAGCUUGCUCAGGGUUUCAGGGACUGGCUUUGGGAAUAUGUGGAAAGUUUAUGGAUGUAUGGACCUUUGGGAUUUUAUGUAUUUACGUGGGGUUUCCCCUACAACUGUGACCAUCGGAGGAGAGCCAGCUGGGGAAAAGGCUCGGAAGACAGAGUUGUCCGACACCGAUGUCAAUGCUUGCAUUCACCCAGGGUCGCAGAAGGUGUCUUGUGGUGUACCCAUGGACACAGAGGUACUUCGGCAAGUUUGGAAACCUCUACAACGCCGCAGCCAUCAUGGGUAACCCCAUGGUGGCCAAGCACGGCAUCACCGUGCUGCACGGGUUGGACAGGGCCGUGAAGAACAUGGAUGACAUCAAGAACACCUACGCUGAACUGAGCGUGCUGCACUCCGAAUCACUGCACGUGGAUCCCGACAACUUCAGGCUCUUGGCUGACUGCCUGUCCGUUGUCGUGGCCGCUCAAAUGGGCGCUGGCUUCACCCCAGAGGUCCAGGCCGCUUUCCAGAAGUUCCUGGCUGUCGUGGUGAACUCCCUGUGCAGACAGUACCACUAGAGACUCCAGCUAAGCUUUACCACCAAAGGCGAAGAGCAUGCCCUUUACCACCAUGACGUGUCUGCUGUGUCUUCAAUGAACAAGAUCUUGAAGCAAUAAAAGGGUUGUCAAAUGA